CGCAGCAUGUAGGCAGCAGGUCGUCACAAAGAGCCUCAUGAUAAAGAAAUUUCGGUCUCAAGUCGCAACACGUGAGAUGUUCGAAAUUUGUUGGCUUAAUCACUGAUUGACGCGUAGUGCCCCGACAAUAGAUACCUGUUUCGCUCUGUUCUGCUUCGUUCUGUUCUUGAAUUUCUUAGUUUGCGUUCCUAAAUUCUGUCACCUUAUCCAGUUCAGUUCCAUGGAUCUGAUUAACCUUCUUUUUGCAAGUCAACGCGCCGUCGCCAACUUAUUACAUCACAAUCUUGGCAUAUACAGCCAGCAAUAGAGAUCAAAGUUCCACACCAAACCAACUGGACAACACUCACGACGCUAUGGAUGGUGUCACAACUGGGUCACCUCCAAGCACAGAUCGUUCUGACUUGAUUGCUGAGCAAGCAGUUGCGCCUGCGUCUGCAUCUGUACCUGAAACCGACGAUGGCGACGUUGAUGUCCUUGACGAGCAGGCCGCACUUCGUGGGCUCACUGCAAAUGUGCGGGACCAAGAUGAUUUAGAACGAGACAUCACCUAUCAGGCAAAUCUAGCUCUCAUUGAUGCCGAAGAUGAGAAAGACCAGAAGCGCAUUGAACGUGUUGAAGCGAAUAUCAGAAAGUUCGAGUCGCAGAAGAAAGCACAGCAGGAAAAGUUUCGAAAGGCUAUCGGCAGGCCCGAGGUCAAGACGAAAAUACGUCAAGAACUUGCGCACCUCGAUGCGGAGAUAGAACUUGCAUCGAAAGACAUCGCUGAUUUUCAUGCUCGCAUUGAGCAACGACACCAAUCCCAGAGUGACGGUACUGAUCUGGUCCAAGGUGGCAACAAAAAGCUACCCAACGAGACUCAUCGCGAAUUUUUGAUUAGAACGGGCAAGAUUACCCCAUUUGCCAACAUAGGUGGACCUCGACCUGCCGGUGUCGAGGGAGAACUGGCAAGUGCUCUUGUCGAUGCAGAGGACGAAGCUAUUGCCGAGGACCUUGAGGAGGCUGCAACACAUGGGCCCCGUUCUCACCGAAAUCUUCGCGCACCUGGUUUUGCUGACGCCGAAGAUGUGCAUACUACGUCCACUGUCGCUCAGUCAGAAUUUUCCUUACGUCCUCGAGGCAGUAAGAAGCGUCGAGUCGAGCCUAGCGGUGAUUCUUCAGAUGAAUAUCAACCCGCAGCUUCUCGCAAGGCCGAGGCUGAUUUCAUCGUGGAUGAUGAUGAUGAAGACUCUGAGGAUGACUUUGAUCUUACUGAACUACCGCACAAGAAAUCCUCGAAAGCAAACAAGUUCGUCGAAGACUCGAAGGUCAAUCCUGCAAAGAUCGACGAUGGUAAUGAGAAUGCCUAUCAAGAUCGCCUCGCAGACUGGUGUCAUCGGCGGAGUAAUGCCCGGCGCCAAGAGCAAAUCGUUACUGGUGACAAUGCGGAGCAGAUUGAUGACGACGGGGAGUUGGAAUGGUACAAACCUCAUCCUACGGAACCAGAUCAUACUUUAGAGUAUGGUCUGAAGCUGCCUGGUGAUAUAUUUCCCUCACUUUUCGACUAUCAGAAGACUGGCGUCCAAUGGCUUGCAGAGCUCUGGAACCAAAAGGUUGGUGGUAUUGUAGGUGAUGAGAUGGGUCUUGGCAAGACUGUUCAGGUCAUCUCAUUCAUCGCGGCACUUCACUACAGCAAGCAACUUCAUGGUCCUGUAAUCAUUGUCGCCCCAGCUACCAUCAUCACACAAUGGGUGAAUGAGUUCCACCGUUGGUGGCCUCCCAUGCGCGUCUCCAUUCUCCACUCUUCCGGCAGCGGCAUGGUCAAUGUUGGUAAUGAAGACCGCAUGGUGGAAAACGAUCUAGGUUGGGACGACGACCGAUAUCAAGCUAACAAAACGUCAAGCGCAUCCGCAAAGAAAAUCGUCAAGCGUGUUGUGGAGCAGGGUCAUGUAUUAGUCACUACAUACGCCGGCGUGCAAACUUAUGGUGACAUUUUGGUUCCUGUUCACUGGGACUAUGCCGUUCUCGACGAAGGCCACAAGAUUCGAAACCCGAACACUGCUAUCACGAUCUACUGCAAGGAAUUACAGACGCCUAAUCGCAUCAUCCUCUCUGGCACACCUAUGCAGAACAACCUGCUCGAGCUAUGGUCACUGUUCGACUUCAUCUUCCCUAUGCGUUUGGGUACUCUUGUGGAGUUUCGUAAUCAAUUCGAAAUCCCGAUCAGAAUCGGUGGAUAUGCGAACGCAUCUAAUCUGCAGAUCAUGACUGCUCAGAGGUGUGCUGAAACGCUGAAGGAUACCAUCAGUCCUUAUUUGCUGCAGCGUCUCAAGGUAGAUGUCGCCGCUGAUCUGCCCGAAAAGAGCGAGCAGGUCUUAUUCUGCAAGCUGACGAAGCAGCAACGAGAUGCCUAUGAAUUAUUUCUGAGAUCUGAUGAAAUGCAGGCCAUCUUCAAGCGCACAAGGCAAUCUCUGUACGGCAUUGACUACCUCCGUAAGAUUUGCAACCAUCCUGAUCUUACCGAUCCGACACUCAGACACAGAGUCAGCUAUAAGUGGGGCGACCCGAAAAGAUCUGGCAAGAUGCAAGUAGUCAAGGCUCUUCUGCCAAUGUGGAAGAAGUACGGUCAUAAGACACUUCUCUUCUCACAAGGUGUGCAGAUGCUAGAUAUACUGGAGGAGUUCGUGAAGAAUCGAGACGACCUGACAUAUCUACGAAUGGAUGGCAAGACUCCCAUCAAGGAACGACAAGCUCUUGUCGACCAAUUCAACAAUACUCCUGAAAUAGACGUAUUCCUUCUUACAACAAAGGUUGGUGGUCUAGGUGUGAACCUCACAGGUGCUAAUCGUGUCAUCAUCUUCGACCCUGACUGGAACCCUUCAACUGAUGUUCAAGCUCGUGAAAGAGCCUGGCGUCUAGGACAGAAGAAGGAGGUAGUUAUCUACCGACUCAUGACCGCCGGUACCAUUGAGGAGAAGAUCUACCAUCGUCAGAUUUUCAAGCAAUUUCUCAGCAACAAGGUCCUCAAGGACCCGAAGCAGCGGACCACCUUUGCAGUCCACGACUUGUAUGAUCUAUUCACAUUGGGUGAUGCCAACGACGAUCAGACACAGACGGGCAGACUGUUCCAGGGCUCCGAAGUCAAAUUUGGUGCUGCCUCUUCUGGUAGCCAGGCUGGCCUUUCUGUCUCCGCAGCAAACGGUAAUGUUGCUCCGACUGAUACGAACACGGCUUCGUCACCAGCUACGGGCGCGGAUGAUCUCACCGCCAUCGAGGGCGUUGCCAGCCUGGAGAACUACCAGGGAGGCGAUGAAGAACAGACGCCAGCUAACGAGGAGGCGCGCAUCAUGGAAGGUAUCUUCGCGCGUUCCGGCGUGCAGGAGGCCCUGGAGCACGAGGAGAUCGUGAACGGCAGGAAAAAACCGCAGGCCAACCGCGCCAUGCUGCAGCAAGCAGCCAAUGCCGUCGCUGCCGAAGCGGCCGCGUCUCUCCGACGUGCUGGCGAGCGGGCCAGAAACAUACCGAUCGGCACGGUGACGUGGACGGGUGAAGUCGGCGAGGGUGGCCGCCCUGGCUCCGGCCCACCGUCCAACGUCCGUCGCGGCCGUGGCGGUCCCGGCUCUGCGUCCAUCCUAGCCGGCAUCCGGGACCGCCAGGGUCUCACGGUGCCCGUCACCGCCUCGCCCGGUCGCUCGUCUAGCGGCGCGUCAUCUGCUCGUGGCGGAACGCCCACGGCGGCAGCACCAGCACCAGCAGCGAGGAUGGGAAUGCGUGAUUUCGAGCGCAUGAUUCCCGACUUCAUCCGUCGACACGGUGGUCAGGUCCCCACGAAGCUGUUGGUGGAUCAUUUCAACCAAUACUGUCAGACCACACAGCAGAGCAACGACUUCAAGAGUGCGCUGAAUCGUGUAGCGAAGAUGGAGAAGAAGGGAAGCGCCAUGCGAGCCCUCUGGGGUCUGAAGGGUGCUUGAGUGGUGGCACAGUAACGAAAGCAUUGUCCCCCCCCCCCCC